AUGAUAUCGUGUUAUCCAGCAACUAUCACCACUAUCACUACCUGCAUUCCAGCACCAGCACCAGCACCAGCACCAGCACAAAAACGAUCCAGAAGAACUUCAUUCUUUCUAUCAAAUCUAAUAUACCCAAUCCUACUACUCAUUUUUUCCGCCCUCUCAACAGCCGCAGCUACAUCCUCCUCCAUUGAAUUCAACGGCAUCUCCUCGUCAAACUGGCUUGUUGACCACCAUUGGACCCGCAACAACACCGUGGUCAUCCAUAACCCUCAAAACUCUUCCGCUGUCUUCAAACUCACCUUUCGUCAACCCCAUCAAACCUCGUCAGACUUCCCUCCUCAAAACAUCCCCCCACUCAGCUUGUUUCAACUUGAUGAGCAAUUAGAAGCCGAUGAAGCUUUUGCCUUUCUGAGCCGUCGCCAAAAUGCAGCAGAAAGUUCCACUGCAACUCUAUCAACAGCAACAUCCAGCCAGCUCCCAAGCGUACUCUCGCCAACUUCUAUUCCUGGCCUAGCCCGCGAAGGUAUCUACAUUGGUAUCUACAUGGGCUCCCAGUCUCAACGAGUUCUUUGCAAAGUCGAUACCAUGACGGACCUCCUCAUUACAAACGAAUAUAACCAAACAGCUUCUGAGAUUCGUGCACUGGCCCUAAACUCAUCAACGGCUCUCAGCAACGCGCUUGAAGGCUUCGAUCCAAAUAACUCCACCUCUUACCAACCCAUUGCAAAUUCCCAUGUUGACAUUGAAACCCUCACAGGCCUCACUAUCAAUGGAUCCAUGGCUAGAGAUUCCAUUGGCUUUUCCUCUCACAAGUACCUCGAAGGCGAGUACGAGUUUCUCCUUGCAGAAAACAACACUGUCUUUUUUUCAAACAUCUUCAGCAUCAUUGGCAAUGAUAACUCCGUCACUGAAAAUGAACUCUCAUCUUUCAACUAUACCGCCUUUUCAUCUACCCCCGCAAACAUUGUUGGCCUAGGCCCCCCACAAAGCGAUAGCUCCUUCAUCCAGCAGCUCUACUCUUCUGGGAAAACCACUUCUAAACUCUUUUCGCUCGGUAUCACCUCCUCAAGCAAUGUCUCCAUCACCAUGGGCUCAAUCGACACCUCUCGCUUCAACUCAACCCUCUUCAUGCAACCAAUCCUCCCCUACAUGUAUAGUGCAAACAUGUCCCACACUGGUUACAGCUAUCCUUUCAUCACCUUGACCGCCCUCACCCUCACAAACCUCAAAAUGAACAACACCAUUUCCUUUGCCGACAAUGAGCUCUCACUGCCUGUUCUCCUCGAUAUCUCCUCUUCCGUCUCUUUCCUCCCAUACACAAUGGUCGUUUACCUAGCCUCCCAAAUUGGUGCAUAUUACUCUUCAGACCUCAAGGCCUGGAUUCAAACAUGCUCCUACCGCGACGCAGCUGGCUCUAUCGGGUUUUCCUUCUACAACGUCACUAUUAACGUCCCCCUCGCUGACAUUAUCGUCCCCAUAAUUACCUCUAACGGCGACCGCCUAUACUUUGAGUCUGGAGACCAGGCAUGUGCCCUCUCCUUCCUACCCGCUGAGGCCCGUGGCUUUUCCUCUCUCGGAACUACCUUUUUUGAGUCGGCUUAUAGUGUGUUUGAUUAUGAAAAUAUGCUGGUGGGGCUGGCCCAACUCAAUUCAAAUUCGUCCGACUCGUCCGACUCGUCCUCCUCAUCAUCAUCUUCAUCUUCUUCAUCCUACCUCAAGGCAGUCACCAAAUCUGUUGAUGAGGUCGUCAAUGCCACUACAUAUUAUCCUUCAGGGUUCCCCCCUACCGCUAUGAUUUUGUCUCCAGAAACCUCUUACUACAAUACUGCCAGCGAGUCGCUCGGCACCUUACUAGGUCUCAUCACCCUGAGCGGCACCCAAACCACCCAACCCAGUUCUCUGGCUACGCCUAACUCAGACUCCUCCCUUUCUGGAAGCUCAGGCGCAACCGCAACAACAACACGUAAUGUGGGAGGACUAUUGGGGAAUACAGCCACCGGUAACCCAUUCACUCAAUCUGCAUACGAGUCUACUCCGUUUGGUGCUGCGCCCGGAAAGGCCCAGCCGCGCGGAAGGCUUGUUUGUAUUCUCACCGCAUUAAUUGUUGGCUUUUCCACCAUCCUAGGAUCUCUUCUUUAA